UUUUUUUAUUUUCAGAGCGUAAAAAAUCCUAAGAUGAAUGAUAAGAAAUUAGAAGAAGGGGAAGAAAGGAAACAUCAUCGCAGCCUUUCACAAAUGUGGACAGCAUUUAUUGAAAAUACCACUUUGCAUGGUAUAAGGAAUGUUUUACCAUCGCAAAGACCAAAUGUCUCCAGAGUGGUUUGGUCUGUUGUAAUGCUGACCUUUGGCGCAUAUUUUAUUUGCAGCUUUUAUUAUACAGUGGACAAAUACCUUCAAUAUCAUACUGUCACCUCGAUAACCAAGAAUUACGAACAAAAUAUGUUGUUUCCCGCAGUUAGUAUUUGUCCUGACAAUUUAUUCAGCAGAAGAAAAAUUAUGAUGCAGGACGACGAUCCCUUUUUUGCAGCCCUAGGCCUAAAUAUGAGCGCAUGCGAGGUUACUAAGGAGUUACGUCAGCGGAAGAUGAACAACAUGUCUUGUGGAUUAGCAAUGAUCUGCUGCUGUGCCUUUUUUGGUUAUAAAACAAAUCCAAUUUAUUAUCCCAACUGCACUAAACAGAGAAGGAGUGCAUUGCAAAAAGUAAUUGAAGAAUCUGGGCUUCUUUUCAACAUGGAACAGUUCUUCUCAGUCUUCAGCCCGGAUUCAGCAGAAAUGCUAUCUCAUUAUUUUGGAUGCCUCUUUCAAUUGAGUGAAACCUGCAGUCACUCAGAUUUUGAAACCGAAGUGACACAAUAUGGAAUAUGCCAUACUUUUAAUUCUGGCAAAAACAACCGAUCCAAAGUUUCCUAUAGGGGUGGAGUGAGCAGUGGACUGGCAAUAUUGCUGAAUGUGAGUCAGUCAGAUUACACGCUUGGCCACAAGAUGGCACAAGGGUUCUCCAUAUCGAUCCAUGCACAGGGAGAAAGCUUCAAUGGCUUUGAUGAGGCAUUUAGUGUAAUGCCAGGGACAUAUGCUACCAUUUCGCUUUCAGAGGAAAGAGUAGGUUUGGUUUAUGUCUUUCUUGAUUUAAUGUUCUUUGCCUUCAGGAGAUUUAACAAAAUAAGAAAAAGUGGUAUCACGUUAAGCUAGUCAAAUUUUUGUUUUGGAGAUUUCGUUUCUCACAUGUCCAAAUGCUGUUUAUUUGAAAAUGUUGACAAAGUUGACUUAGAAAGGUUAGAAUGCAGUGACUUUCCCUCCUUAACUUGAAUUGCUUGAAAAGAUUGAGCCUACGUUUAGAAGUUCUGAUUAUUCGUUGGUAACUGGUACUAGCUAUUUUUCCUUUCUUACACCUCAGUUUAUAUCAUUCCUUUUAUUAGGCUAUUUUUAACCAACUCCUUUAUGAUUAUGGUAUCAAAGUUCUCUUUCGGCAAAAAAUGGAAUAAUGAGGAUGACCUUUCAAGCAUUUGUUUGUAAAGAGAAAUAAAUGACGCCGCUACUGAUGAUGAUGAUGAUGUCAAGAUUUUCUUUUUCAUUCAAAGUUCAAGCAUCUUGACAGAUAUGGCAAGAAGUGCAAGACAAUGAAACUGAAAAGUUUUUCUCGAUAUACUACAGACGGUUGCCUGGAGGAGUGUUACGCUAAACGUUAUAUGGAAUACUGUGGCUGUCGUCCGGCGGGUAUCACUGGUAUAUAUCAGCAGUCCCCACCCAAUUUCUUUUAAUGUUUUACUGUAUGUUGUAAAUGUUCCUGUGUCUUUUAAAAGUAUCACUCUUACUUUAAUAAAUAUAAAUUCUUUUCCAGGGUACAUUUUAAGUGUAUGUUCGUCAAAAAAAAUAUGUUGAAUGACAAGUUUUGCUUUUUUGGUUGGUCUAUCCGGAUCCACUAUUACUGUUUUAGGUCCCGGUGGAAAAUCGCGAACUGACAAAAUCAAAAUUGAGGUGUAUAGCUAUGGAAAAACGGGAAACAGUGUUAAAAUCAGCUUUAAUUUCAAUCGUCUGAUUCCAUAUCGCAUUUCUGUGAGGUUAGUAAGUUUCGUUUAAAUUUUUUAAAAAUCAACUUCGCGAAGACAUGACGUCUCUUUCACUUUCAUUGCAACAAUCGACCACCGAAGUACUGGCGGAAUGUCCGAUCAAAAAUUCACAGCAAUCAAAAUCAUCAGAAUUACCUGGAAGCGCGUUUAGUUCGCACCCAAAACUUGACACAAAUGUAUUUUUAAAGGAUAAGGAAUCAACAGACGUGAUGUCAUUACUGUUAUUCAAGAGCUGGCAAUCACUGAAAAUCGCUAUCGGAAAUCAAUAAAAAUUCAUGGCUGAUAAGCAAUGAUUUAAAGUUUAUUGCCAGUUUGCCGAAAUGUUUAUAAGGAGCUCCGCUUUUAGGCUUGUCUAAUUCUAAAUAAUUCUGUAAGUUAACCGUGUUUCAAAAUGUUUCAUCAUUUUUAACUGAUAGAAAUAAUAAUAAUAAUAAUAAUAAUAAUAAUCAUAAUAAUCAUAAUAAUCAUAAUCAUAAUCAUAAUCAUAAUAAUCAUAAUAACAACAUCAAUAACGGCCAGAGUUUGCAAGUGGCGUGUUUGCUGUUUCCAGUAAUUAUUCCAUUUGCAAUAAGCCGUUCAUAUCGUUCUCCCCUAUCUACUGCAGUCUCUUUUUAAAAUAUAAACUAAAUUAAGCAAAAACUAAUUAGGACUAAACUGACUUUUGUUCCUUUCUUUUAAUUCAGGAUCCAGCAUUGAAGCUUGCCAACAGAAACAUGCAGAUUGUCUUCAUGGUCUUAAAGGUUGAUGACGAGAAAUAACUUUAAAGUUAUAUUUGUUGGUUUAAAAUUUAUUUUCCUUUGUUUUUUGGCAUGGCAAUUGAGGGUCAUAAUGAUUAACUAAACCAACAUAAUUGAUCCACGACAUGUACUUUCACUCAUUUAUGACACAUGUACAUUGUAUAUAAGCUUCACCUCAAUAAAAUGUUUAGUAAACUGAUUAACUAAACCAAACAGCAAUCACUUAGUGAUACGUCGAUCCACCCAUUAACGCGGUGUGACGCUCGGAGUCUUACAUUCGGUUAAAAAUAACGAGUCAGUUUCAUUCAUGUGCAGUGUGUGCACCAAGGCAUUCAAAAGUUUUUACUUAGUGAGAGGCUGUUUGUACCUUUCUAACAUUGCUGCUUUCUUUCAUUAUUCUGUAGACACAGUGAAAUGUGACUGUCUACUCCCUUGUAAUCAGACAAAAUACAAGGCGGAAGUAUCUUUCUCCAAACUCCUUGACAAGACAAUCUCUAGUCCAGUUAGCAAUUGGUUCAGUAAUCUCAACGGGAAUAGCAGGUAACGGUAAUGCCUCUCUAUUAACACUCCCUCCCAAACAAGCUCACCUUUUUUAAAAAGCCCCCCUCUCGAUCAGGGGAAGAAGGUUAUUAAGCCCCCUUCUCUUUUAAGCCCCCUCCCCUCCUCUCCCUCCUUGUUCUUCACUACCAAAAUAAAAAAUGGACUGAUCCAGUGUGGUUUAUUCAUAUCUGGAAGGUAGGAUCUUUAGCUCCAAGACCUUUAACGUCAUCUCCCUGAGCAUUGCCACUUUACUUCCUCGUUCUUUAUGGAGAAUUGAUACCAUCUUCUGUUUGUUUGAAAAAGCAGUAUAGUCCCCUGUGUCGCUUAAUUGAUUAAGUACCCCUUCUCAACUAAGCUCCCACUCUCUAUUACCCCCACCCUGAAACAUCCUUGAAAUAAAACCCACCCCCCUCCCCCCGUGGGGGGCUUAACAGAGGAUUUACGGUAAUCCAUGUUUGUAAAACAAAUUUUAGCUACAUAAUGCAUCCGUGAAAUAUCUGCCGUUUAAAAAAAGAAACGAAAAAGAAAUUUUACAUCUUUGAGGUUUUGUAUUUGAAUUUUGCAGGCGUUAUAAAAAAAAGAAAAAUUGGUAAAGGUGAAUCAUGUCCUUCAGAUGAGGAACGACAUUAUGACUGACACAUAAAACAAAAGCAUCGGUCCUAAAACAAAUGGAUUGUCAACCGAAAUUCAGUAAUUCAAUACUUAACGUCCUCCUCUUCAAUCACAUGCUGUAUAUACGAUACAAACGUAAGUUGCAACACUGAGAUGGAAAUAUGAAGUAUACAGGGAAUUCAGCCAGGGAGGGGAGGCGGGGGAAACUCCUAUGUAUAAGCUUAACAGGGGCCGUGGGGUGAGGUACGCUGUAAAAGGAACUCAACAAGGUUACCUCUCAGAUUCUAUGCUUUAUUAAUGUCUAUCCGUGGACAUGUUGUGUUAAAUUUUAUCCUUUCUUUUAAAUUUUAUUUUCCUUUGUUUCAAACUCAUUAUGGUCAUACAAUACCAUACCCCAAAACAAAGAAAAUAACAUUUAAACCAAGGAUAAAAAUGAACAGCAACGUUGACAAAAAAAUUAGUUGGUUUCGUGGUAAAAGUAGAGUAAAUUAAGUUUCGUACACAUGGGAUUCUGGUAUGUUCCUUUUGAAAGAUAAUAUAAGGCCGAAAUAAGUGAUUGCAGUUACAGUUUGUCAUUUUCGAGCCAACUAAUUUGCCUUUCUUUUUUUUCUUUUUUUUCGUUCCUCUUUUUUUCUCUGUUGAAUACCAGGUGAGAUUGGAGGUAACAUGGGUUUGCUCCUUGGCUGCAGCGUUCUGACACUCUGUGAGUUUAUCGAGUUCCUGUGCAGUGUAGUGGCAGCAAAAUUGUGCAAACGU